GCCUAAUGCUAUCAGUGUUCUUGUCUACAAAUCGACGAAAGCCCACGAGUGCCACAACGUACGCAUUUUCAAUAUAUUCUCAAAGUUCGUUUUAUGAGAAUAUGUGUCACAUUCAAAAGUUCGUUUUUAAGUGAUCUAUAUUUCCAAAUUCGUUUUUAACGAAAUCUACUUUGACAUGCAUUGUUUGUAUUUGUUGGCACAAUUAGGCCUUCAUACGAUUAAACACCGCAAACAUUCAGGAAGCUUAUUUUCCCUGCACGUACGGUCAUACAACAUACAUUUCAGCAGCAGAUGGUCCGUGCGAAAGGUGAACAUGGCGGAAACCAAGCUCCGUUGUGGAGUCUGUGUCUGGAGCCUGCUGAUGGUGUCGGUGAUAUGCGUGAGUGCAAAUGAGGUCGAUGAUGUCAUCAACGAUGCCGUUGGGCUCGGCGUUGGUGUUAUCAUAGCGAUUGUUGUCGGCUGUGUCUUGGUCCUGGUGUCAUGCAUACUGUGCUGCUACUACUGUUGCUGUAGGAGCCCGCCGCCAGCCCAUCACACGGUGGUCGUGUCCCAGACUGCCCCGCCGGCCCAGCCCACUGUGGUGGUAGCCCAGGCACCCGCCUACAACCCCCAGCCACAGCCAGGACCACCAGCCGUGCCCAUGCAGCAACCGGUGAUGAGCCACGGCCAGCCCGACCACCGUGGACCGCCUCCCUACCCGGGACAGCAGUCAUCCUUUGGUUACGUUAAACUCUAGGUGCAAUGCAAGUUCUAACAUUUUGAUCUUGCGAUCAAGGCAAGGGGAUUGAACCGUUUGGGGGGAUUAAAAAUAGCCAGGUAGGCCUAGCUUAUAAAAGACAUAUAGUUUUUUGUUCUCUCCAGCAAGAAUGUAAUUUGCUGUUACAUUAAUAAUUUGUUGAAGAGGCGAAGUAAUUAACAGGAAGCGUAAUAGAGGAUUCAUUUGAAAAUUUACAUUGAAGCAGAAUUUUUGAAUAUCGUAUUGUGUUUUUUAUGAAAAUUAUGGGAUGAAGAAAAUCAUCUGCUUGCAACAAUUGCUACAAAUUACUUUAAUUCUUGUGCACUCAAAAGGACCAUAUUUUAUUCAUGUAGUUGUUGAAACUCUAUACCUACAUAAGAUGUGUUAAUUAAAAAAAGGAAAUUGCUUUUAAAAAUAGUCCAAGAGUCCCCUGACCAUUCUCAGAUCGACAGUUUACAGUAGAGUGUAACUGGCUCAAAAAGUGGUGUUGGAAAACAUUAAUAAUUUGACGUGAAUAAUUUCUUUUACUUGUACCUUUAAAAUGUAGAAGCCUUUACAUAUUAAGAUAGUCCCACGCUUUUAAGAAGUGCUUAAGAUUCAUUCAAGGUACAGAACAGUUUGUAGCCCGAUGGCGUUUUUCUUUCAUUCGUAUACUUCAUCAUCUGACGAGAUGCUCUUUUUUCUACAUGGAUAGGCGUAGAUUUGAGUCUUUUAUACUAGUGGGACAGGAUAAUAAUGGAAUUAACUGAAUAGCUCCUCAAUAACGUCACGUUUGCGUCAACUAUAAUUAUGCCAAAGAUGAAAUCGUAAGCCACAAGCGUAUCUGAUGGCCCAAUCAGCAUUUUAGCGGGUGGGUUACAAGUCAGUACCGGGAUUAGUAACAUAAGAUUAACGAACAGGGACAUGUUACCUGGUUGCUAGGAUUUGUAGGGCCCGAACAUUUUGGGAUCCAGCAGUUGGUUAGAUGUUAUUACUUUGGGUAAAUCACUUUACCCCACUUGCUUGCCAACUAAGAGUAAAUGGGAGCCUGUGAUGGCAGAGGUACUUAUUGUAUACCCGUUUAGUUACUGUAUUGAAGACUUUAUUUCCAAAUCGAGAUAAGCGCCAUUUUUUGUCCUCUGAAUUUCACCAUCUCGCAGUUGCCUUCAGCCACUGUCUGGGGAUUUGACCUACAAAAAACAAAACAAAACAAAACAAAACAAACAGUGAGUCAGAAGAGUGGAAAAAAACAUUUUGGGAGACCUUGUACACUCUUUUUGUUAGAGUGAAUCUUCAAUUAUUGUGGAAACGGUACUCAAUAUUUGAAUGGUUUAUAUCUCGUUGUGGAAUGAAAUCCUACUCCGCAGGGAGUUGAGACGGAUUCGGAAUGUUCAGAUGAUGUGAACCCGAUUGGCAGGGAUGAUAACAAUAAUAUCACCUCAUCUUAAACAACAGUGUGCUUUGUGCAGCUUUUGAAUGUUGUUAUUAUUUUGGUUUCAAAGUUUAUGUUGACCCAUCCACCUUCAUCUACUCCCCCGCAGUGCCUCGGAUCUACGCCUUCGAAUUGACUUGACUUUCCUACCGGUACCUGUUUUAAAGGCUGUAAAAUAACCAGAAAAUUCUCGUGUCUAUGUAAUGUUCUUAUCUACAGGUAUUUGAUUAGCCUAUUUAAUUGUUCAUUAAUUUUAAAGGUUAACUUUAGUGAUAAUAAACCUGAUUGUCAGAACAUUAAUUUAA